UAAAGUUCGUGUACAGUUCGUGUCUGUCAGAGUUCUAUAUCAUGGAAGAAGACGUCUCACGAACAUGUUCGGCGCCUUUGAAAUUCCUGACCUUCAAGGCAGCUACUACACCAGGGACAAGAACAGCGGGUCUCAGCCUCCUUCAUGCUGCUUGUAUUCAAGCAGACUUUCAUACUGUCUCUCUUCUUCUAAACUUAAGCCCAACUCGUCUGGACAAUGCCAUCGCUUUGACCAUCAAAACAACAUCUUCUGCUGCUUCUCCACUAAACAAUGCUAGCUGCUUUACUCUUUCUAUGAUUGGAAAUACCAGAAAGCAUGACCAAAUUCACAGGUUACUAUCUAAAAUUGAUGAUGAGUUUAUGGGUCGGUCCUUGAUGCAUAUUGCAGCGUACAGAGGAAGUUACGAACAGUUGAAGAGAAUAUUGGAGUUAGGCGCAAAUCCUAAUGAGGUGACUAAACAUGGCGGUAUUACUCCGCUUAUGUUUGCAGCAACUCGCAGUUCUACGAGUUUUAUGGAAGUAUUAAUCGAAAAGGGAGCAUCAAUCUACACUAAGGACAAGUCGGAUUCGUGCGCGCUCCAUUACGCCGCAUUUCACGGCAGGACCAGAAACGUAAGACUUCUUUUGUAUAGCGGUGUAGACGUCAAUGAAAUCAACGGGCGUAGAGAGAUGGCGCUCCAUCUAGCCUCCAAAUAUGGCCACACGAAGACUGUCGCAGUUUUGAUACAAAACGGAAGUGACAUUGACGCUAAGACUUCAGGAGGCGACACGCCACUCAUGUUGGCAGUGAUUGGGGGUUAUAGAGACACUACUGCAUACCUUCUUGCUCGUGGAAGUUCCGUACAUAUCCAAGGAGGUUUAGAUUUUACUGCGCUACACCAUGCCUGCAAGGAAGGCCAUACAGAGAUUGCUGGUCUUCUGAUUAAGAAAGGUAGCAAUCUCGAGGCAACGACCUCAGGGAAAACCCCGCUGCACUUGGCUGCAACCGCCAAUAAUUGCGAGACGGCCAAAAUGCUCUUUAUGCAUGGAUGCGAUUUGGACGCGCAUGACAUGUUUGGAAGAACAGCCAUGCAUUAUGCCGCACAACAGGGUAACAUCAACAUGAUUAAGCUUCUAGUUCACAGAGGCGCUGAUAGCCAUGCUAAAGAUUCCGAAGGCCAAACUCCAUUAUUCCAAGCUACAAUUUUUGACCAGCUUGAAGCUACGGAAACUCUGAUCCUGAGCGGCUUACGGGUGACCGCGCGCGAUCGUUACGAUAGAACAACGUUACAUUAUGCCGCACAAGAAGGAAACACAAGUAUCGCAGCCUUGUUGAUUAAACGUGGAAGCGAAAUUGACGCCGUGGCUGAUAAUGGCGACACGCCUCUCAUUGUUGCCGUUGGCUACGGAAGUACUGAGAUUGUAGAACUUCUCUUGCGGGAAGGUGCUGAUGUUAAUGCGAGGAAUUCCAUUGGUUUGUCUGCUAUUCACAUUGCUUCUGGCAACAGAAAGACACGCAUUGCAAAAUUUCUCAUAUCCAGUGGUGCGGACAUAGAGGCGCAGACGAGCGAAGGAGACACGCCUCUACACAUUGCAAGUCGUCAGGGAUUGAGAGAAAUGGUCGUGCUUCUGCUCGAACAGGGAGUGAAUGUCAACUCACGCGACUCCGGAGACAGGACUCCGCUUGCAGUUGCCAUUAUUGAGAUUCAUCUUGAGGUUGCGGAAGUGUUGCUGAGGCAUAAUGCUGAUUGCAAUCUUCAAGACGGCGAGGGUCAGACGCCUUUGCAUAUGGUGUAUUCUUCUCUCAGUCACGUGCUUGUCGAGGAAUGGCUUACACGCGAGCUCACGAAUCUACUUCUGAGAUAUAACGGUGACGUAACAGCCAAARAUAUCCGAGGCAAGACUCCACUGCAUUUUGCUGCAGUCAGCGGUUCUGCUAAUCUGGUCAUGUACCUCCUCGAAAACGGAAGUGACGUCAACGCCACCGACUUAGAUGGCUUCACUCCACUGAUCUGUUGCCUACUCUAUUCCAGUCGCGCUGAACCUAUCGCGAAGGUGUUGAUCCAGUACGGGGCGGAUAUAACAAUAGCUGACAAUUCUCACCGUACAGCACUGCACUAUGCUGCAGGACUUAACGGGUCCAGGAGAAUAUGCGAGAUAUUGUUACAGAAUAAAGCAGAUAUCGAGGCGGUGGAUGAGGAUGGUAAUACCGCUGUACAUCUGGCUGCGUUGUACCGUAGUACUCCUACUGCAGACCUUCUCGUCAAAAAGAAAUGUAAUGUUAAUGUUGUUAAUAAAGAAGGUCGAACUCCUCUUCACUGUGCAGUAGCGGCAAAAUGCAGCUGCACUCACGGCUGCAAGAGGUGUGUCUGGAAGUACAACACAGUUGAAUUGUUAAUAGAAGAAGGUCAAAGCAAAGUAAACGUCGCCGACCACAAGGGCAACACACCAAUGCACCUGGUGACAGCCUCCAUCACCGAUACUUCGACUGCUCGGCUCCUCAUUAAGAAAGGUGCUGACACGAGUGCUGUGAAUAACCAAGGAAAGACUGCACUUCAUCUGGUGGCGGCCAUGAAGUGUGAGCGCAGUAGAGAAAGGUUUACUAAAUCAAGGUGGACAUUCGGGACAGCGGAUUUGUUAGUGCGACGUGGUUCAGACCUUCGCGCUAUUGAUCACCUUGGUAACACACCUCUCCACUACGCAGCCGCAGCAGCACGUGACGACAUUGCGAAACUCUUGUUAGACAAUCACGCUGAUGUUGAUCCCACCAACAAGUGCGACCAGACCCCACUGCAUCUGGCAGCACAGGCAGGAGCGAAGCAAGCUGCCGAGUUGUUGAUUAAGAAUGGUGCAGAUCUGCGCGCGCUGGAUAACCAGACAAGAACUCCUUUAGAGAUGGCUAUUGAAGCUGGGAAAGUAGAAACAAUGGAUCUUAUUGAACAGAUAUUGUUCGCAUAGAAAGACAAGCGACACCUGAUUUUCUCUUGCGCAUGCUUUUUGGAAAGCUUCUGCUUUGGCGCAAGAUGCAUGUGUAUCUAUAGGAUGCUAGUAUUCACUUGAAAUGGAAAAAAACCCUACUUCAUCGUGACGAUGAUUCCACGCGUGCUAUUUGAUAAGCAUUCGUGAGAGUCCUAAGGUUUUGUACAACAGAACGUUUUCACUCAGUUCCUAUAGAAGUAACUGACAAUAUAGAUGGCAGCCAUAUUGGUGUAUCUAACAAAAGAAACUAAUGACAAAGUUAUUGUCAAAGGUACACCAAUAUGGCGGCUGUG